UUCACUAUAACUCCUUCGAGCUUUGAUUCAAAUACAAUAAGCAUAGGCAAUUCAUUUACUCAGCGUAAGCAUUGGCAGUUCAAAACAGAAGUAGUUGGAACUCCCUGGAAUAGAAACCUCCAUUAGUAAACUUGAAGAUAUUAACUUGCAAAAUAUACGUAGAAAAGAAGAGAUAGAGAUGACUAAAGGCACACUAGAAGUUUUGCUCGUGGAUGCUUCUAAACUCAAAGACACCGAUUUUCUUGGUAAAAUGGACCCUUAUGUAAUAAUUCAAUUCGGUAAUCAGAAGCGAAAGAGUACCGUUGCUCGUGACGAUGGAAAAGCACCGCUGUGGAACGAAAAAUUUACCUUUGAUGUGGAGUAUCCAAAUAAUAUUAGAGCUGAACAUCAUCAAUAUAAACUCAAUCUCACCAUCAUGGAUAAAGAUAGGUUCAGCAGGGAUGACUUCGUAGGUGAAUCGACGAUUUACGUGACGGAUAUCUUAUCAUUGGGCGUAGACAAUGGAACGUCUGAAAUUAGAACUAGCAAGUAUCGUGUUGUUCUACACAACAAAACCUAUUCUGGAGAAAUUCGAGUCGGCAUUUCAUUCACCCGAAAGAAUGCCAAAGGAGAUGAUAAAGCAAACUACUUGGGAGGAUGGAAGCAAUAACUAAAAUGAUUUGAUUAAAUUUAAGAAUAAUUAAUUAACCAUGAAUUUGAA